AUGAUACAAGGAACCAGCAGCAGGAGCCGACCCAGGAACCAGGCCGAAUCUCGAGAAGCCGAGGGAAGGGGAGUCGCCGGGCUUAAUCGGGUCUGGAAGGAGGGAGUGAGGUGGGCGGCUCCGAGGGCUCCAAGGGAGGCUGCAAUCACCGACGCCGUUGCCUGGAGACGCCCCCGCCCGCGCCCCAGUGCAGGACGCAGGAGCCGCACCCGCCGAGCCCUGCCCUGGCGGGCCGCCCCGCAGGAGCCCCUGAUGCCCACCGAGGUCCACCAGAACCACAUCCUGCGGGACUUGUAUCUCAAGGAGCUUCGAACCCACAAACUCUCCACAGAGUAUCACGUGAAUCCCCUCCGCCAGGCUCACACAAUCACCAGAAAGCCCAUGUCUUGGCAUGAGAACCUGGAGGAACCUGCAGGCGCCAGGUUCCUGAAUCUUACCCACCGCGCUCAGGGGCCACGGAAGAAAUACCCAGACACGCAAACAGAAAACCAAGAAAUUGGAUGGGCCUCCGAGCCCUUGGCCAGCCGGGAACGUGAUGACCGCAGGCUGAACCAUGUCAGGGUGCACAGCGAUAUCCCGCUCUACAAGGCUAAAGUGUGCAGCUUGGGAGAAGAUGAUCGCCACACGUAGUAUUCGGCGCAUGUGUGCUGCGUGGAUAAAUAAAGAUG